AGUAUUCGAAAACUUUGUAGAAGAUGAUGAUGAUGAUGGGGGAGAUGUGGGCUAAACCAGGCUCACUAGUUGCUGGUGCGAUGUUUCUCUGGGUCAUGUUUCAGCAAUACGCACCUCAUCAGUUCCGGUCCUAUAUUGAAAAAUACAGCCAAAAAUUGGUGAGCUUUGUGUACCCUUACAUUCAAAUCACUUUUCAGGAGUACUCUGAAAAUCGCUUCAGGCGCAGUGAAGCCUAUGUUGCCAUUGAGAACUACCUCAGCGUCGAUGCAUCUACCCGGGCCAAGCGGCUGAAAGCAGACGUCAUCAAAGACAGCCAAUCUCUAGUUCUCAGCAUGGAUGAUCGAGAAGAAGUCAGAGAGGAAUUCAAGGGGGUCAAGCUUUGGUGGGCUUCCGAUAAAAACCCCCCUAAAAUGCAGACCUUUUCUUUUGCUCCUGCUGCUGAUGAGAAGAGACACUACAAGCUCACUUUCCAUAAAAACUACCGGGAAAUGAUCGUGGGGUCUUAUUUGAAUCAUGUAAUGAAGGAGGGGAAGGCAAUUGAAGUCAGAAAUCGGCAGCGAAAGCUCUUCACUAACAAUUCAAGAGAUACGUGGUAUGGGUACAAAAAGGCGGUAUGGAGUCAUGUAGCCUUUGAGCACCCAGCCAGAUUUGAGACUCUAGCAAUGGAGCCAAAGAAGAAGGAGGAGAUUAUUAAUGAUCUCACAAUCUUCAGUAGGAGGAAAGAGUAUUAUUCAAAAAUUGGGAAGGCUUGGAAGCGAGGGUAUCUCCUUUAUGGUCCCCCAGGAACCGGCAAAUCAACCAUGAUUGCUGCCAUGGCAAAUCUUUUAGAUUAUGACAUCUAUGAUCUUGAACUCACUUCAGUCAAGGACAACACGGAGCUGCGAAAACUAUUGAUCGACACAAGGAGUAAAUCCAUCAUUGUGAUAGAGGACAUCGACUGUUCGCUUGACCUCACAGGCCAACGCAAGAAGAAGAAGGAAAAGGAAGAGGACGAAGAGUCCAAGGAUAAUCCAAUUACUAAGAAGGGGAAAGAAGAUGAAAGCAAGGUUACUCUAUCCGGGCUUCUGAAUGUUAUUGAUGGGCUGUGGUCAACUUGUGGGGAAGAGAGGCUGAUAGUUUUCACCACCAAUUAUGUGGAAAAACUUGAUCCUGCUCUCAUUAGGAGAGGGAGGAUGGAUAGGCACAUAGAAUUAUCCUACUGUUGCUUUGAAGCAUUCAAGGUGCUGGCUAAGAAUUACUUGGAUCUUGACUCCCACCAUUUGUUUGCAAGCAUCCGCAGAUUGAUGGAGGAAACCAAUAUGACUCCUGCUGAUGUUGCAGAAUAUUUGAUGCCCAAGACCAUCACUGAUGAUCCUGGGACUUGUUUGGAGAAUUUGAUUCAGGCCCUUGGGACCGCCAAGGAAGAAGCGAGGGUGAAGGCAGAGAAGGAAGCUAAAGAGAAGGAAGAGGAAGAAGAGAGGGUAAAGGCCGAGAAAGGAGCUAAGGAGAAGGAAGCAACUGCUGGAGAAGUGAAAGAGAAGGAAAUGUCAGAUGAAAGAGUGACAGAGAAUGGAGUGGCGGCAGUGAAAGAAAAUGGAGUGGUCUCCUAGGACCCACAAUCGACAUCAUGGGCUGUGAAUAUUUCUGUGAUUAUGUAUCAUAUCAUUUCUUUACUUUUGGGCUGUGAAUAUUUCUCUGAUUGUGUGUAUUUAGUUCUUUACUUUUAGGCUUUAUCCUGUUUAUAUAUUAUUGGCUUUAGAUCAUUCCAUGUACUUGUAUACAUACGUGUAUGUGAUGUACAUUAAUGCUAUUGUUUAAUAGAAUGCUCUGUAAUUAAGAUUCUAUUGAGAAAAGUUUCAUGGCA